AACAUGGAACCCAGAAAUCACACAGAUGUUCCAGAAUUCCUUCUUCUGGGAUUGACAGAGGAUCCACAACAGCAGACCUUCAUCUUCAUUUUAUUCCUGUCCGUGUACCUGGUCACCAUCCUGGGAAACCUGCUCAUCGUCCUGGCUGUCAGCUCUGACUCCCGCCUCCACACACCCAUGUACUGCUUUCUCUCCAAUCUGUCCUUCAGUGACAUCUGUUUAAGCACAACCACAAUCCCAAAAAUGCUGGUGAACAUCCAAGCACAGAAUCUGAGCAUCGCGUAUAUAGGCUGUCUAACCCAAACCUGCUUUGUCUUGGUUUCUACUGGUUUUGAAAAUUGUCUUCUUGCAAUAAUGGCCUAUGAUCGCUAUGCAGCCAUUUGUCACCCCUUGAGGUACACAGUUAUCAUGAACCACCGACUCUGUGUCCUGCUGAUUCUUCUCUCUCUGUUCCUUAGCGUUAUGGUUGCCUUGCUCCUCAGUCUGAUGAUGCUACAGCUGUCCUUCUGCAAGGACCUGGAAAUCCCUCACUUCUUCUGCGAGCUUGCUCAGGUCCUCAAGCUCGCCUGUUCUGAUUCACUCAUCAAUAACAUCCUAUUAUAUUGCGUGACUGGUCUAUUUGGAGGUUUUCCUGUCUCUGGGAUCAUUUUCUCUUAUACUCGAAUUAUGUCCUCAGUUUUGAGAAUGCCAUCUGUGGAGGGAAAGCUUAAAGCUUUUUCUACUUGUGGGUCUCACCUCUCAGUUGUUUCCUUGUUCUAUGGGACAGCUGUUGGGGUGUACAUUAGUUCUGCUCUUACUACCUCUUCCAGGAAGACUGCAGUGGCUUCAGUGAUGUACUGUGUUGUCCCUCAAAUGCUGAACCCCUUCAUCUAUAGCCUGAGGAACAGGGACAUGAAGAGAGCCUUGAGGAAACUCAUUGGGAGAAGACAUUCUUUUCUGUGA